AUGAGCCAGGGGAAAAAGAACAGUCGCAAGAAUGCUAUUCUGCGAGAGCAAGGUAGACAAAGCCCUACCAACGCGUGCAGUGACACAGAUAGCUCCGACGAUGAAUUCGAAGUUCUGUCAGAAUUCCGUGCAACUGAGCGGGAGCUGACUUCUGAACUACCAAGAAUCGUACGACACCUGGUAUGGUCUGAAGUCGGUCGAGCCAUGUAUUCUGAAGAUGUUUCAAAGAGCGCUCCCAAGGAGAUGCAGAGAAAGAUGCUGCCAGACUACACGGAUUUCGAGGCAGAACAAUGCGAGAACUGCCCACUUGCCUUGGUCUUGAAAGAUAUCAUUAGAAUGGCUGCUGAUCCAUGGAAAGAUACUUUGAACCAUCAAUUUGAUUUGGGCAUUGUGUAUGGUGAGGAAAUUGCUAAAAUAAAGCAAGAUGAGUCUAUGCGCGCCAACUUAGUCCCCCGUGCCUGCCUCACUGUGCCUGUUACCCACAUGUUGGACAUACGCAUCUUCCUCGUAGCUCCUACCCCUGGUUGUGCCUACCCUGACCCUGGCUUUCCGAAUCUUCUCGCCUUGGACAUUAGCCAAGCCAUUUACAACUUCGUGCGCUGGGAGAAGAAUGGACAAUGA